AUGAAAGAAGGCGUUCCUGAAAUAGUUGCUCAAAGAAAAGCUGUGAAAAACGCGAACAAGAUUUUGAUCAUUGGUGGCGAUCCAAAAAUGACAGACCUUGCGAAACAAUUGAGAGAAUUAAAUGAAAACCUUAUUUUUGGUGAAAAAAUUAUUUUUCCUUCUUCUGGUAUUGGUGACGCUUUUGGCACAAAGCCCAACACCAAAGUUAUAGAAACCUUGGACAAAUCAUUGAUUGAAAAAGAUACCGCUUUAGUAAAAGUUAAACCAACUCUUCAAUUAGACCAUGAUAAUAAUGCACAUAUCUUUGUUCUCGGGGACAUAAAAAUAUUAAAGAAACAAACUUGCUUAUCGUGUUAA